AUUUUCAUGACCAGUACCUGCAGAAUUGUAGCACCUCAGUAGUACUAGUCAGGGUGUGAGCCCAGUGCCCAGGAAAGACCCAGCAAGAAUCAGGGAUGAGGACCUGUGUCCGGUCUAGGUACGUUUGUUCUCCCAUAGUGUGAUAUGUGUACGUGCGUCAAAUGCCCUUGUGGAGACCAGUACAGGAGGCUUUGAAGAAUGGGCCGGGGUCGUGUGCUAUUAGCAGCCGGCCCCAACUCCAGCUUCUGGUAUAGAUCAGAUUGUUCAGACUAGGAGGAGGGCCUGGGGGCGGGGCAAGUAGCCAGGCGGGUUUGACGGGUAUGUGGGAACCAAGAGGGUUGGCCCAAGGUCAGGUGCACUCUUUUCAGGGAGGGGCACUAGCUACCUAGUGGCAGACAAGCCAGAAAUUGGGGUCAGAAAGGAAGAGACGCUGCGGUCCCACACAAGGAAAGGUCUACAGGUGAGUGUCUUGCAAAGUGGCCAGAACUGAUCGUUGGGGAGCUCUAACAACCUGAAUCUACUGCUUUCCUUAGCUGUUGGGCACCUCUUAGGCCAGCGGGGGACCCGGUGGUCCAGGUGACUCAGUGCGUGUUCCAUGGAGUCUACUCGGGUUGGAGUUGAUUCUCUUGCAUCUCCUUUCCCAGAGAUGUGUUCCCUACAUCUUUAAAGCUGCUCCAGUUUGUCUCUAGACCUUUGGUGACAACAGGUCCGGACCAGGACUCCCUGCCCUCUUGUUUUGUGCUUCCUUGUACCUGCUCUGCCCUCUGAAGUCCUCCAGUCUGUCCAACGCCCAGGUUCCUGCCUGAGUGAGCUCUUCUCUCCACAGGUCCAAUCUGAAUGCCGUGUCCUCGGCUGCCCUGGCUCCGCCGCCACCGAGCCUCCCAGGGCUCUGGCCCCGGCUCCCCAAGUACCCUCUCUGCACCCAACUCCCCCAGCAGAGGCGAAGACGAGGAUGCAGAGGAGGAGGAGGGUGAUGGCACCCCUGGGUCGGGCCCCAUUCUGCCCCCUGCAUCUCCCAUGGAAUGUCUUAUCUGCGUGUCACCCUUCGACGACAUUUUCAAGCUGCCUAAACGCCUGGACUGCGGCCACGUAUUCUGUCUCGAGUGCCUGGCACGCCUGUCGCUGGCUACCGCGGGUGGCGGCGAUGCAGUGGCUUGUCCCAUGUGCCGCGCGCCCACACGCUUGGCCCCACGCCGGGGGCUGCCCGCUCUGCCCACGCAGCCCGGUCUGCUGCCUCGCGAUGCGCGCGGGCCACUGCCGCGCCAGGGUUCUGUGCGCUUUGACCGACGCCGGGGACUCCUGUACCUGCGGCCACCACCGCCGUCUCUGGGACCACGCAAGAGCCGCACAGUGCGCGCCCCGCCACCUCCACCCCCGCUGCGCCUCGGCCGCCCGCUGUCACGUCGCCUGUCCCUGAGCAGUCCAGCAUGGGCCUUCAACGCAGCAGUGGCGCUGGCUGUGCUGGUGGCCGCGGGUCUCGUGGUCUCGGGUGUCUACAUCUUCUUCCUCAUUCCUCAUGUCACCAGCUCCGGUGCGCGGCCUCAGACUGUGGCUCUGGCCACUGAAAAUGAUUUCUGGGUUUCACCGCGGCCCAUGCCGGUGGCGCCCUGGACACGACGCCCCACAAAGCCUGACCUGGACCUGGACGAUACUUUGCCAGAGGCUAGCAAGGACACGCCCGAGCUUGAGGAGGCUACCGAGGACCCAUUAGAGACACAGGGGAUCCCGGAUUUACCACUAGAUCAAACACCAAAGGCGGAGACUGACCUUGGUUGGAACCCGAGGGCUCGGGCUGAUGGGAAGAGGAUGCGAUUGCAGCAAUAAAUGCCUCCACUCCGCAGGCCCAGCCCCCGGCCUGGGAACUUCUGUGUCAUACUGGAAGGCUGUAACAGAAUGCACACUGGAAAGACACAAACUCUCUCAAACCACUGUAGUUGUUGUACGAGAAUUCUCUGAGAACAUCUGUAAUUCCCAUGACCAUCCAGCUAAAGGUACUCUGGCCAAGACCAGCCAAAAUGAGUAGCAUAUAGGUCUAGAUGGGGUGCCCCCGGUGUUCAUCUCUGGAAGUCCGGUCCGCUGCUUCCCCAGUGCCGUCUACACAGCACUGUGUCAGGGCACUUUAGCCUUGACCUUGUUGGAAUGCUGUUAGGAGCACCUCACGCUAUGCCAGCCCAGCCCCCUGCUGCAGAUGCUCCUAGCCAGCUCUGGGGACUGAAGGAUCUGCUCAUCCUCUGGGCUCACCGAAGGGGCUUGGGGCUCCCAUCUUGGAAGCACAAAACAACUGUUCUGAUCAUGCGACUUGCUACCCACAGCCAGUCUGUAAACGUCAGCACCUGCACACCCGACCGAGAUUCCAGCUUGGAGGGGUAAAUGUGGCCUAGCCAGGGACGGGCCCUGACUCCUGACACUGGCUUCCAUUUGAGAAGUAAAUCCCAGACUGACCUAAGAACCUCCACUUCUCUGGACUUCAGUUCCUGGGUCUGACUCAAUAUGUUGUGGAACAGCUGUGUCUUAGAGAGGCAAGGCCUCCUGUAGCUCAGACAGAAAUACUCACUGAGGGAAGUUCUGGCCGUCCCUAGCUAACAUGAGAGACGCUGCCAGCUACUCCUGGGAUCCAUCAGCUCUGCCUAGCUUUCCUUCUGCCUCAGCUAAAGUCUAUGUCUGUCCCGUGUUCACGUCUGUGGCAGAUGCCUCCUGUCUUCCUCCCAAAGGCGUAUUUGCUUAGACAGAGUUGGAGGAAGGCAGCCACUCUCUACACAGGCUGAUCAAAGGGCCUCUGGAAACCGUGUCCUACCUCACCUCAUCUGGCAUGAGACACUGUAUAUUAAGGGUGGGCAGUUAUUUUCCAGAAUAAAAUGUGACUUGUAUGUA